AUGUGGCAAACAAAGCCGUAUUUCGUGGUUGUCAUCAGUGUAUUUUUCUUGCUGGCGAGCUGUGCCAAUUGUUACUCCUCGGCCCAAAAUUAUUCUAAGAAUCCAAGUUACAAUUUCGUACUUAUUCUCACAGAUGAUCAAGAUAUCAUGUUGAAUGGGCUGAUGCCAAUGACAAAAACUCUACAACAUCUCGCUAAUGAAGGGGCUACAUUUGCCAAUGCGUUCACAACAUCGCCAGUUUGUUGUCCAUCUCGAAGCUCAUUACUUACAGGAAAAUAUGCCCACAAUCAUAAAACACAAAAUAAUUCGAUUUCCGGGGGAUGCUACGGUCAAUUUUGGCAACAGACUAUUGAGCCAUCGGCCCUGCCAGCUAUGUUGUUAAACGCUGGGUACGAGACAUUCUUUGCAGGGAAGUAUUUAAACGAGUAUUUUUCAGACACUAUACCUCCAGGAUGGUCCCAAUGGUUUGGAUUACAUGGGAAUUCCCGAUAUUACAACUUCACGGUCAAUGAAAAUGGAAAAACGGCCAGUUAUUCCAAUCAAUAUUUCACCGAUUAUUUGCACCACAAAUCCAUUGAAUUUUUGAGCAGAAUGAACAAUGAACGUCCAUUUUAUGCUAUGAUUUCUCCACCUGCUCCUCACGCACCAUUUACUCCAGCAAAAAGACAUGAUAAGCUAUUUCCAAAUGUUAAAGCAAUGCGAACGCCAAAUUUCAAUAUUUCAUCUAAAAAACAUUGGCUUCUAACGAUGCAGCCAUCUACUUUGCCCCCGGAGUUUCUUGAAAAAUUAGAUUCAAUCCAACGCAAGCGAUGGCAAACGUUAAUGGCAGUUGAUGAGCUGCUCGACAGUGUUGUUACCGUGUUGCAAGAAAGACAAUUACUGGAUAAUACAUACAUUUUCUUCACAUCUGACAACGGCUUUCACUUAGGACAAUUUUCUCAGGCAUAUGAUAAACGACAACCGUAUGAAACGGACAUACGUGUUCCUCUACUAGUAAGAGGACCAAAAAUUCAUCCAAAAACAGUGUUAGAAUCGCCAGUAGCACUCAUAGACAUAGUACCUACUAUUCUUCAACUUGCGGAUUUAGAGAUCCCUUCCCUGCUGGACGGCCAACCUUUACCGCUGUGGAAAGAACCAAAGGGCAUACUCGAGCGUCAAAUUUUAAUUGAAUACUGGGGUGAAGGAAACUUGGAAACAUAUAACUCGCAAUGUCCCUGGCAAGCGGAAGAUCGACUUCAGCUGUGUACGACUGAUGCGGCUUGCCACUGUCAAGACGCUUGGAAUAAUACAUAUAACUGCGUUCGACACCUCGGGCCGGAUUUAAACUUUGUAUAUUGUGAAUUUCAGGAUAAUCAGAAUUUCGUCGAAGCGUACGAUAUUUCUAACGAUCUUUAUGAAAUGGAUAACAUUGGAUAUGAAAUGUUGCCCUCUGUCAGAGCAAAAUACAGUCUAGCACUACAAAAUCUUACCGCUUGUAUCGGAUCUACGUGCCAUACCAUUUAUUGAGAUGCCCUACAGCUGACCAUCAUUCUGCAAAUCGAACUACAAUCUCAAAUUUGAUAUUAUUCAUAAAUCUACCAAAAUAAAUUAAUGCUUAAAAAUAAUAUAUAUUGCAUUGGUGAGGGCUAGUGAAAUUAACAUUACAAUUACAUUACAAUUCACAUUUGGACAAAUCUAUUGAGCAGCUGGGGUAAUCUAUUGUACAUCCAUGUAGAUCCAGUUAGAAAGCUUUUAAGCAACCGUAAAAAGGGCUAUAUUUACUCAGUAUUCAGUCUGCUUUGCUAGGGGUAGAGCGUUGUUGACCGAAGUUGAAAACCCGAAUGAAAGUCAGUGUAAUGCCAUGUCAAUCUGCAUGCUUUUGUCCAAAUAGGCGAAGGAGUACCCCAAAAAGCUUAUUAAGUUAGUUUCGGUCGAGUGGUUUGGCAUGAAUCCAUGUUGAUCAAUACUGACUGUGAGCUUGAAUCCAUGCAUAAAGUAUCUCGCUACCAGUAGUUGGAGAAGUUUGCUGCAAGAACAAAGCAUAGAGAUGCCGCGUUAAUUAGUAUACAAAUUUUUGUCCCCUUUCAUAAAAACCGAAAACAUCCAGGACGAUUUUCAUCAGUGAGGUGGCUAUUUAAACGAUGGAGAGUUGUAUUCGCCCUGAGAGGUAUCUUUAGUGCACGAAACUGGGACACAGCUCCACAACUGUAGUAGACCAGCGUAGAUUAAGGUUGAUUGAAGUCACUCUUCAGGAUAAACGGAACGAGGGACGAAUCCUCUCUUAUUCGAGAAGUUAAGUUAUUCGUGAGAAGUGAGAAAGUAAAGCUGCGUAUGGAGUCAAACUUCGAAGACACAGUAAAAAGGACUCCUCCACCCAGGGAUUUUUUUCUGUUUCCGAUCAGUACCGAUCAGUACUGAAAUGUUUCUGUCUAAUCAAUAAUGACACAAUCCACACAUGUAGACCUCAAGAGGAUCUCAGUGGUUUUCGAAACCAGAUCUCUCACAUUUGAAUAAUAAACUGAGAAAUAUUUUUAUUUUUUUCAAUAUAGAUAUCUUCUAGCCACUUAUGAUGGUUUAACAGGGUUAUGAUUAAUGUUUACAAAUAAA